CCAAGCCGAGCUGAGGUGGGCUUCGGGUUUCUUCAGCUCUUUCAGAAGAAUCCGAAAGAGAAGCUUUGAAGUGGCGCCGCUUUUUUUUCGGCUUCUUCGGCCAGGUUUUUGGUCUUUCAGUCGUUAUUUUGGCAGUCGAUCGCGCGGUUGCGGCUCAAAAAGAAGCGCGUUCGCCACUCAGCAUCCCCCAAAAAAAUAAUUUUUUAACGAUCUUGCAACAAGUGUACACAACCAAUUGACAUUUGGAAGUGCCCGUGGAGAAGGUGAGCUCAGGUAAUUAUGGCCGAACAGAAGCAGCUGGAAGUCAUGUCCAAUGAGACCUCAUCAGUCGGGGGAUUGAGACGCCAGCCCACCAAAUAUCCCCACGGCCUUAAUAUCACUGUUCAGACCAUCGAAGACACCGACAAUGAUGGAUCUCUGAAAGAUCCCAGUGACUACUCCCGCACCUCCAGCGAAUCGUGCUGGAGUGAAACGCAGAAAUACCACAUCGGAAUGCUUGGUAGCUCCGAGACCCUGGCUGAACUUCAAGUUCGUCGCUAUAAGUAUCCAUUGACUGCCAAUUAUUAUCUGAACGGCAAAUCGGUUAUGGACAGGCCCACACAGAAGCCCACACCCUGGAUGCUUUUGGGGUAUGCCAGACGGGCUUGCCGCUGGAAGUAUCUGCGAUGGCCCAUCAUCUUUGUGGCCAGUGUCUUGCUAUUUUUCGGACUGAUCACCUACUGCCUCUGGUUGCACGAUGUCAGUGUGGCAAGGGCCAAAUUCCUGCAGCGUCGCUACGAGGCCUCCCUAACAUCCACGAGUCCGACCAGCAACGAGCUUUGGGAUGAGGAAGUCACCAGCACCACUGAGCUAAGGGAACCCCAGGAAACCACACGAUUUCAGGAGGCGCACACGACAGAGACCGAUCAGUCCACAGAAUUGUCUGACAUUUCAAUCGACGAAGGAGAUGAAUAUCGCUUGGAGGAUAUCGCAGAAGGUGAUGGGGACUAUGAUGAUACUCUAUUGCCAGCGGAUAGUAUUCGAUUCACUUCCGGGCAUCAGAAUAGUUUCGGAGUGCCCAUCGAACAGGACAAGAGAAUACUGCAGUUGCUCAAAGAUCUGCUGCCCAAGCCCCAGGCGACUCCUGCCGGCAAUGAGCAGCCUUUGACCCGGGUCCCCACCCUGCCACCCCCCUCGCCGGCCAAUCUACGUCCCACAGAGGCCACGACCUUUACCACCACCCCCUCCACAACCAACAAUGGCUGUCAGUCGACUAUGCUGCCCAUGUGCCAGGGAGUCCUGGACUACGAUCUUACCAAUAUAAGGGAUGGAUCAGCACCGCGGGAUGCGAUGGCCAUGGCAACCUACCAGGAGCUCAUCCGGUCAAAUUGUUCGGCAAGGGCGGCAGAGUUUGUGUGCGCUGCCCUGGAACCCGAGUGCCGACCCUCAUACAUUGGCAACCUGCCGCCCUGCCGACGUAUUUGCAAAGCUAUAUUGGAGGCCUGCUCAGUGGCCAUAUCCAACUCGGAUGUCCUGAGUGAACUCUUUGACUGCAGCCUGUACCCCGAUUCCCAUGAGAGUCACAAGUGUGAGGAUCCCACCAAGCGGCGGGAUUAUUGCUAUGGAAAUGAGUUCCAAUGCCAUGAUGGCAGCUGUAUUCCUCAAACCUGGCAGUGCGACAAAAUCAAGGACUGCUCCGGUGGCGAGGACGAAGAUGAGCAGUGUUUGGUUUGCGAACAGGACGAGUUCCGUUGCCGAUCGAAUGAGAAAUGCAUUCCGGAAAACCUUCGUUGUGACCUGAACUUUGACUGUUUCGACGGCAGUGAUGAGGAGGAUUGUGACGACUUUGGAUCGGGGGACACAACCCCUUUCGAUGAGGCAGAACUGAAUGCAUUUCCUCGGGUCUUUUCCUAUGCCAGUUUCCUGUCUCCCAAUGAGACAAAUGAUAAGCUAUAUACCUACAUCACAGCCACAACCGAUGAGGAGGCGGGUACGGAGACCAAGUACCAGGUUCAUCAGGUGGCAGCUCCUGCUCCGCCAGUUCCUCAAGCUCCUUCAGUCAAUGGAAGUGCCGAGGAGGCCACAGGAGGUCCUAAGGGAUUCGUCAACUUUCGCGACAGCAAAGAGAUCAUGAUGACCAGCGAUUCGGAGAACAAGUUCAAGUACUCAGCCCAGCGGGCCAACCGGACUUCGGUCAAGUUCAGUGUGGCAACCGCCCCAACUCCGGCGGCCCGGACGGCCAGUGCCAUUCCAAGUUCGGCUCUGGCCCAGCAGCGGGAAAGGGAGAGGGUUACCAGCACCACUUCAACCACAACAACAACGACAUCUAGGCCAUCCACAACAAUCCAGCCACGUUAUGAGAUGCUUGCUUCGGUGGGAGGUUGCCAGCCCCACGAACUGAGAUGUGUUAGUGGCAAGUGCAUCACAGUGAACCAGUUGUGUGAUAAGCAAAUUGAUUGUCCCGAUGCUGCCGAUGAGUUAAUGUGCGUUUAUCGAGACCGGGGAAGGAAGACAAGCACAACCACCAGCACAACAACAACUAAAUCACCGUCAACCACCAGUAAACCACCCACAACAGCACCACUUACAACGAAAACAACCGCAGGAACAACAACAACAACAAGCACAACCACUACUAAUCCGGUGACCAGUACAAGUACAAGGCGUCCGCCCAGGACCACGCCCAACCGAAGUCGAAAGCCCAAGUCUUAGAGUGAUGUAUCUUGUAUCUUAUGUUUAUUUAUAUCUCUAUCCAACUUCUCUCCACUUCACGUGUAUUUUAUCGCUCGCUAUAUGUAUGAUAUAUGUAUGUUCUACCUGUAAAUCUUUGUUAGCCUGUAAGCUUAGUGGCUAGACCAGUUUGACUAUUUGUAUGUGCGUGUAAAUUGUAUUUUUAGAAAUGAAUAAAGUCUAAGUUGUGAGUAGCUUAAAC